AUGGCAACCAGUGAUCUCGGCAGUGCUCCCGCGGGGGUCGCGGACACAGAGCGUGCUGUGUGUGUGUGUGUGUGUGUGUGUGUGUUUCCACAGUGUGCACAUGGUGGCUGCCUGAUGGAGCUGUGUAUUCAGCUUAGCAUCACCAUGCUGGGAAAACAACUCAUCCAGAACAACCUAUUUGAGAUUGGCAUACCUAAGUUGAAGAAGCUGAUUCGCUACAUAAAGUCGAAGCGAAACGCGUUUCAGGAGGAAGAGCGUGAGAAAAAACUGCAACGCUACGAGACUGAUUACUUCCUGGAACCCUUUGCCGGUCUCACCCCUGAGUACAUGGAGAUGAUUAUCCAGUUUGGCUUUGUGACGCUGUUUGUGGCCUCAUUUCCACUGGCGCCACUGUUUGCCCUCCUUAACAACAUCAUUGAGAUCCGCUUGGAUGGCAAGAAGUUUGUGACGGAACUCAGGAGGCCGGUCGCGGCUCGGGCCAAAGAUAUUGGGAUCUGGUACAACAUCCUGAGAGGUGUGGCAAAAAUAGCAGUUAUAGUGAAUGCCUUUGUCAUCUCCUUCACCUCGGAUUUUGUCCCCAGGCUGGUUUAUCAGUACAUGUAUAGUUCUGACGGUUCUAUGCAUGGCUUCGUAAACCACACUCUAUCCUACUUUAAUGUCAGCCAUUUCCAGAAUGGAACAGCCCCCAUGGAGCCGGAUCACCUUGGCUUUCAUGUGGACAUGUGCAGAUAUAAGGACUACAGAGAACCCCCAUGGUCUCCAAUGGCGUACACAGUGUCUAAAGAGUUCUGGUCAGUUCUGGCUGCUAGACUGGCCUUUGUCAUCGUCUUUCAGAAUAUAGUGAUGUUAAUGAGUGAUGUUGUGGACUGGCUUAUUCCUGACAUCCCAAAAGACAUCAGCCUGCAGAUCCACAAAGAGAAAAUCCUGAUGGUGGAUCUCUUCAUGAAGGAGGAACAGGGGAAGUUGCAUGACCUCGAUAACAUGGUGGCUGGUGGAGAGAAAAACAACUUUGCCCACGGUCCACAGCUCCACCCACGAGCCAUCUCACAUACACAGAGCAACAGCUUUUAGUAUAUAGCAAGUGUGUGUGUGUGUGUGUGUUUGUAAUAACAUUCCUCUGACUCACAGCCAUGCCUGAAGACUGAGAGCAGGGCUUAGGACCAGACUCACAACUUAACUGAGUGCUGUUUUCCUCCCACAGUCCAAAAACAUGGAGAUCGAAUGAAUUAGUUACUUAGUUAUAAAUUGCCCUGGUGUGUCAAAAUAAGAGUGUAUGCCACCUGCCCCAUAAAAUACAGAAUCGUCUUUUAUUUGGCAAUCAAACAUUGGUUCCAUAUGGGACGCAGUUUGUUCCAUAUUUCCAUAAAUAUCUAAUCCGCAUGUCUGUUACACACAGAUCAGCAUUAAAGGUCACCUUCCGCGAAAAUCCGAUUUUUCUUGUUUUUUUGUGGAAUACAGUAGGUCUCUCCGAGUUGAAUGUGUACACCUGCACAUUAAACUGUUUUGCAGCCCCCAUUGUCUGCAGGAGCUAAGCAAAGAAAUCCCCCCUCCCCCCCUCCGAAAAACGGGUGAAUUUUGAAUUAUCUUUCUGCCUACGUAGGCAGAAACUCACAGACCAGCCCACCUUGGCUCGAGAAACUCCCAGAGGUGGAGCUGAAGCGACGCAACAUCACCGCUCAUCAGUUAGGAGGUGGGAGGCAGUGAGCGGCAGAGCGGUGGAGGGGCGUCGCAGUGCUCCUAGCCAAUCAGAGGAGAGAUAUUUGCAUGCUGUUUGCAUGUAUGAAUAUUCAUGAGCAAAGCUGGAAUCCGGUCAUUUAGGACACACCCCUAAAACAGUCCAUUAAAAAAGAGCUAUACAGAGACACCUGAGCACUUUUUUUUUACAAAAACGGCUCACAUGUCAUUCAUUCAUACUAGAGACCACAACUAGACAUUUUAAAAUGAAAGAAAAAACGACGGAAGGUGACCUUUAAAUCUCUCCUACCUUCGCUCCGCUCCUCUGUGUGCUGCUUCACCGGUUACCUACAGACUCCACCCCCCCCACACACCGGCGGUACUAUAUAUAUAUAUAGGUGUUGGGCCAGUGGUGGACAUGGCUCAGAUGGACAUCCCUUAUUUUAAAUUCUGAAAGGUGGCAACCUUACCUCCAGGUAAACGGUGGUGAGAAAUUGUAACUUCUUACCAGUGUGUGUUGUGCUAACUGUCCCUCGCUGGCUCUUGCUGUGUAUCUCUUGCUCUCUCUCAUUAGCAGUGUCUCUCUCUCUCUCUCCAGCUCAUUUGCGCAUUCUCUCUCUCUCUCUCUGCUCACUCUUGCCUAAAAUAUUAUAAAAACAGUAAAAAAGUAUUUAGUCUGUCAGACCUAUACCACAUUACACUUUUAUUACUGCCACCUCACAAUAUUACAAUUUUUUUAAGUGACCACUAAUAUAAAUAUUAUUUAAUUUUGCCAAUUUAAUUCGUUUUAAAGAACUCUUUAAAACGAAAUGCAUCCAGCAGUAUGCUUAGGAAAAAUAUUUGUGGGUUAAGCAGUUAAAGUAAGGCUGUUACUAUGUCGGCCAUACUUUAAACAUGCCAUUCAAGUUUUAUCAUGAUUGGAGAAUUUUACUGAAAUAUGAUUGGCUGAUGGUGUUCAGAAAUAAAGUAAAUAUAUUACAACGUUUCAGCUUGAUCUGAUGCAUGGUUGCUAAGAAACAGUAAUUUGGCACUUUUGACAUCAAACUUUAUAGCCCUUCUCAGAGUCAUACCCUGAAUAAGCUGUUGAAGAAAAUUUGAUCCAGGAUUUAUUUGCAUAUGAUAUAUGCCAUAUAUUUGUUUUACAUUCUUUUUAAAUAAUAAUAAUUUAAAUAAUUAUUUACCUGCAAUUUCUCCUCUGUACAAAUAGAAUAAAGGGGUGAGGAAACGGGCUAAGAAUCCAGGGUGAGUUUGGGAAAUAAAAACUAUUAAACAAUGAUGAAAAAAACAAUGCAAUUAAUAACACUAGUAUUCACAAAUUUGUGAUACUGUACUGAACAUGACUGCUCAAUUAUUAUGUCAAAGUAGAUAGAUGCAUAAAAAACAGUUGCUCUGUUACAGCAUUAACAACACAUCAUAUAAGGCACAGUCAUUAUAAAGAGGAGAGAAAAGGGAAGGGGUGGAUACAUAUGCACACAGAUACGUAUAGAUACACAAUUUACUCGCGUUACCUCACACACACCUUGGAUAAUUAUGGAUUAGGCUCCUGGUUCAGUUUAAGGAUUGACUGGAGCACAAAAGAUCACUUCAGUGUACUCUUACUAAACCGUGGAACACUGUAUCGUCGUCAAGAUGGGAAGUACAUAUUUGCUGUUCAGAACAUGAUUAACAUCAGAAAGAAUAUUUUUAGCAAUAUUUUGGCUAACAUUGUGUUAUAAGCAGUCUCAUACAGACCCUCUAGAUCAGAGGUCAUCAAUAGGCGGACUGCGGUCCGGGUGCGGAUCCAGACCUAGACAUUGUCCAAUGCGGACCCAAACAGAUUAACUACUGAGAAGGAUUUAAAAUUUGGACAGUGUUCAUUUAAAGUGGCGGAGCUUUAUGGUAUACGUGCUUUGCAGCGCAGUAAACUCACAGACCAAUCAUGUGUACUGUAAGAUCACCAAAUGCUCUCCUUUGCCAAUCAGAUGCGGUAGCACGCAGCACACACAGGCGAACCAGGCAGUAAAAAGAGACAAUAGUGCAAAAUAUUCCACUUUACUUCACCUGCUCAGAACUCCUCAGCAAGAAAAAAAAACUCCCGCACUCGCAGGCGCCCUCUCUCUACUCCCAAAACAACCCUAUCUCAAAACUAAGGCAGCCCACAGGGGACAAAAAGCAUAGGCAACUCCCCCUAUCAGUUUUUCCCACAACAUAAUAAAGUCUGCUACAGGAUUGAUAUUAAAUUAAAUAAAACUGUUUCUAAACAAAACUGAUAUUCUGGCCAGGUUCAGCAAACAUUUCUCCAUAUAUUGUAUGAUUUGUCAUUCAUGUUAUUAUUAUGACAGGCAGGCACAAAUCUAAUAUAAAUAAAAUCAAAUAGAAUAAAUAUAGCAUUUUGAAACAAAGUUGACAUACAGAUUCACAUUAAUAGACUCAAUAAGUUAAAUUAUUGAGGGUGUUUCCAUUAAUUGUAUGAUAAGUUGAUAAUGUAAUUAUUGUGACAGGCCUAUUUAAAACAAUAAAAAUUGUUGAUAUAUACUUAAUAGUAUUUGUAAUAGUAUUUGACAGAACUGACACUGACAGAGGCUUCUUAAGUAUACAGGUUAUAAUACUGAAUCAUAACACAAGUUAAAAAUGACGACAGUCCGGACCUUGUCCUGAUAAAAUUUUCUCUAACUGGACCGAACUGAAUUCUAAUUCUGACCCACAAUUUUUGAAGAGACUUUGAUCGUGUUUCAGUCCAGACUUCACAAAUUAAUACUGUACCACACAGCAUUACAGUACUCAGAAUAACAGCAGUAUAGAACAGUAGGAGUAUCUGCUAAGUAGCUCCAAAAGAUCAAAGACGGCAGAGAAAAUAAAUUCCCUGUUUAUUUUUAAUAGCUGUAGUCCACGUGCUGUUUCCAUGAUAAGGUGGCAUCAGUCAUUACACCAAGAUAUUUAUAUGGCUGCACCUGUUAACUAUAAAUUUGGGGUUUAUAGUUAAUUAUUUUAUACUAAACAUGAUUUCUUCUGUUCUUUGUGUUUAUUUCCAGAGCAUUGUUUUUGCUCUAUAUAACCAUUUUGUUAACCCCUUGUUGGUGUAUGGGAGGUAAAUCCUCACAAAAAUAAAACUGAAAUGAAAACACAAAUGAAAAUGCAAAUACCGUUUUGAAAUUUCUUUUUCCAAACAGGUGUGAAAAUAUUAUUACAAAAUUAAAAACAAAAUUAAAU